AUGGCAGCACUGCAGUACAGGAGUGACCACUUCAUGGAAGCCGUGCACGAGUUGGUUUCGGAGCACGCCGCCACUUUCACAUUUGCUGGCCUGGCCAACGUGCUCUGGAGCUGUGCCGCUCUCGAGAGCAAGCCGGAGCUAUCGGACCUCGUUGCUGCUGCGGCUGUUCAGCUUUCGGAGCCGUUGCCAGCAGACCUUGUGCGCAUGGCCUGGGCCUUCGCUCGACUCGGAAAGCGAGACCCCACUUUUAUCGAACUGCUGAAACGUCAGGUUGAAGUCAUUCCGAGAUUGGAUUCAAUCCUGCUUCCAGACUUGGCCUGGGCGCUUCUCAAGCUGCAAGCCACGGAUGGUGCAGUGUUGCAGAAGCUGCUCGAUCAGGCUGGACGAGUUUCCAAGCUCGACGGCAUGGGCUGGAUGACGCUCAUAUUGGCUCUUCGCGCCAAUCAGGCUGACACUGCGCAGCUGGACGGCCUCUUGAGCAGAUGUGCUGCCCAGAUGACAGGCGAAUUGCCUCAGCAGGCAGAUUCAAGCAUUUUGGCAUUGGAUUGGCUUCUACAAUCGGUCAAUGUGCCCGAGGAUGCUGGACGGCUCCGCGAUGCCGUGGCGACUCAGGUGGCUAGUCGGAGACUAGACAACUCGAACCUGGAGAAGAUGUUCAGCGAUGAGGGCUCAUGCCUCCGGCUGCCGGCGAGUGAAGGCAACCUGAUUGCGACCAUAUAG